AGUACAUGGGAGCACAGUAUGUAUCAUUUCAUACCAUUCAUGUCAAUAGCUUUCUUUCCCUUUCAAGAAUGUUGCGUUCUUUGACGCUUUUCUCUUUGAUUUGCGGUCUUUGUAUUUCAUUAGAAUCAAAAGGUCACGAAGGGUUGCAGUUGAUCGGUAUAACUGUCGCCACGGAUGAAACCGAUGGAUUCAAACGGUUUAUGAGAUCAGCCGAUCUUUUCAACGUUAAAGUAAAGGUUGUGGGAAUGCAUGAAGAAUGGAAAGGUGGAAACAUGGAGCUUUAUCCUGGCGGUGGACAUAAACUAAACUUGUUACGCAAAGAAAUAGAAUCUGAAAAUGAGACUGAUCUUGUUGUGAUGUUUACUGAUAGUUAUGAUGUUGUGUUUACUGCUGGACCUGAUGAGAUACUGAAGAAAUUUCUAUCAUUCAAUGCAAAAGUUGUCAUUUCAGCAGAAGGUUUUCUGUGGCCUGACAAAACCCUAUUGAACAAAUAUCCUGAAGUGAAAGAAGGAAAACGUUUUCUGUGCUCAGGAGCUAUCAUUGGAUAUGCACCUAUGAUUUAUGAGCUUAUGACACAUCACAAAGUUGCAAACACAGACGAUGAUCAGUUGUAUUAUACAAAGCUUUAUCUUGAUGAAACGUUUAGGGCAAAGCUUGAUAUGAAGUUGGAUCAUAAAAGUGAAUUAUUUCAGAAUCUCAAUGGAGCAAAAGAUGAAUCCCAGCUUGUUGCUGAUGAUGACAAAAUUUGGUUUGAAAACACACUUUAUGGUACCAAACCAGUGGUUAUACAUGGCAAUGGACCUUCAAAGUUAUUCUUGAAUUACAUCACUAACUAUAUUCCUAACGGAUGGAAUCCAAAGGAUGGAUGCAUAAGUUGUUCUGAAAAUACGUUCAGCAUGGAUGAAUAUGAGGAAGAAGAGUUUCCAAGCGUCCUGGGCUAUUUUGUGGAAAACCCACUCCCUUUUUACCGAGUUUUUAGAGCGUCUUUUGCCAUGGAUUAUCCAAAGACGAAAAUGGAUUUGCUCAUACAUAACGUUGAACCCUAUCACGAGAAUCAAAUACAGCAUUUUAUCGAUUCUCAUGGAAAAUCUUAUAACUCCGUAAAGUACAUCGCUCCAAGGGAAUAUUAUAGCGAAACAAAGGCUCGAAAUUAUGCCGUAGAUCAUUGCCUGAGAAAGAACUGCCAAUAUCUGUUCGUCAUCGACUCUGAUGCUGUGCUCACGGAGAACAAAACAUUAAGGAUUUUGAUGCAGCAAAAUAGGUCUAUAAUAGCACCUAAACUAUCAAAGCAUGGAAAGCUAUGGUCGAAUUUCUGGGGAGAAAUUGGUUAUGAUGGAUUUUACCAACGAUCGCGGGACUAUGUGGAAAUUGUAAAUAACGAGAAGAGAGGUGUUUGGAACGUCCCAUAUGUUUCGUCAGUGUAUCUAACUCAUAAUAGCGUCUUAAGACAAGUGAAGAAUCCAUAUAGCAGUAGUGCAUUUGAGGCAGAUAUGGCUUUUUGUGCUUCUAUAAGAUCCAAGGGUAUUUUCAUGUACGUGGACAAUCUCGUGCCUUUUGGGCGACUGUUGGACUCGUCCAUAUUUUCGACGACACGAAAACACGGAGACAUGUACGAAAUGUUGAAUAAUCCUCCAGAUUGGGAAAGUAAAUAUUUACACCCAGACUGGCACAAAUUAAGGACGCCGCAGUGGAAAAUGCCCGAGCCGUGUACUGACGUGUUCUGGGUGCCAUUGUUCUCAGAGACUUUCGCUACUCACUUGUGGCAGGAAUGUGAACAUUUUGGUCAGUGGUCAGGAGGAGGACAUAAGGACAAUCGUAUUGCUGGCGGAUAUGAAAAUGUUCCUACCGUUGAUAUUCACAUGAAACAGAUUGGCUUUGAGCCGCAAUGGAUGCAUUUCUUGAAAACGUAUGUCGCUCCAAUUGCCAAUCAUAUCUUCACUGGUUAUUAUUCCGAGGCCAAAGCAUACAUGAACUUUGUCGUGAAAUAUAAUCCAGCUCAACAAUAUUUUCUUCGUCCUCAUCAUGAUUCCUCAACAUACACGAUAAAUGUGGCGUUGAACAGACGAGGUGUUGACUACGAGGGCGGUGGAGCUCGAUUCACACGCUAUGACUGCGCAGUUAAAGAUACCAAGAUUGGCUGGGCUCUUAUGCACCCUGGACGCUUGACGCAUCAACACGAGGGACUACCCACAACCAAUGGCACCCGAUACAUCAUGGUGUCCUUCAUUGAUCCUUGAAUCCUUCGUAAUCUCUCACGAGAUGUAUAGAAAAUGAGCAAAUCAACGAUGGUAUUUUUCGGUUUUUUUCUCCGUGGAAUAAUUUUAAUGAAAAAGUACGCUAUGUUUUAUAUGCCAAGAAAAUUUAUCGCACUGACAAAACCAACGCUGGUUGUCUGUUUUUGGUCACAAAGUGAUUUUGAGAAUCUGUGAAUCAAUAGAAUAACUGAUAACUUCUUCUUUUCAUACCUUUGUAAACUAAAUGUGUUAUAUUUUUGUAUGUGUAGCGUAGCGUGUAGUCGACAAAUAUUUAAAUACAAAUAAAUUUUAUUAUAUGAUCUCGGAA